ACCACCCGACACAGCCCAGCAGUCAAUGGGCUCAACAUACCCAUUAAAUGCAACUCGUCCCUCCCUUAACAGAUGUCUUCUCUCUCUCUGUCUCUGUAUCUGAUAAAUAGUUAGGCUGUUUUCCCUUUUUCUUCGUCUCUCUUUCAUUCCGGAAGAAAAAGAAGGUUGGAUUGAAGAAAGAGGAUGAAGAUGAGAUUUGAAUCGAUUCUCUUUUGCUUACUUGUAGCCCCAUAUUUCUUUGCGUCGAUAUUCUCGGAUGCAGCUUCAGUAGAACAGUGCAGCAGUUCGCUUACAUCCGUGACCAAUUGCUUAGAUUACUCCUCAGGAAAGGCAGAGUCACCUAACAAGGACUGUUGCAAUUCUGUGACCAAAAUCAGGGACCAAAAUCCGGUUUGUCUGUGUUUUAUAAUUCAACAAACCCAUAAAGGUACGAACUCAUUCAAGCAACUUGGUUUAAAGGAGGAUAGGCUGCUUCAACUCCCAACUGCUUGCAAAUUGGCUAAUGCAAGCGUUAGUGAAUGUCCAAAACUACUGGACUUACCACCCAAUUCUCCCGAUGCUGCUAUCUUCAAUACUACUACCAACUCUACUGCGCCCUCUUCCACCACCACCUCCUCAUCACCAGAUACUUCCAGUUCAACAACGCAUGAUUCCUCCAAUGGAUUUAUCCACGGACCCCACACUGCAGUCUCUACUGUGAUCACCGCCGUUGUUGUGGCAAUCUGCACAUCGUUGCUCCCAAACAACUUUAUGUCUGUGCGCCAAGCAGGAGCAUGAAAGGUGCAUAAUACAACCAGCUACUUGCUUCCCAGUAAGCCUGUUAAUGAAGGGAAUGGGUAGGGUAGGGUAGGGUCUUCCUUUAUGACAAUUUGGGAGACAUUUGUUUGAUUCGAAUCUGGUCAGUUGGUUGAGAUCGAUAAACAUAAUUUCUUUCUGAAGUGUGAUUUAUUAUGCAAACAUGCACCAAGUAGAGUUUUCUUUAA